AUGGAUAGAUAUGGACAUAAUGUAAGAUCAGAUAUAAAGAAGCAGGGAUAUGAGGAUUCAAAUUUGCCUAUUCUUUGUGAGACUUGUUUAGGAGAGAAUCCAUAUGUUAGAUUAAUAAGAGAAGAGAAUGGAAAAGAAUGUAAAAUAUGUAAGAAUGUAUUUACUCAUUUUAGAUGGAAACCUGGUGAGAAUUCAAGAUAUAAACAAACAGUUAUAUGUAUGAAAUGUGCUAAAGUUAAAAAUGUUUGUCAAACUUGUUUAUUUGAUUUACAAUAUAAUUUACCUGUACAAGUCAGGGACAAAUUUCUUGAAAAUAGUAUAGUAUUACCAGAGAAUGAAACAAAUCGUAAUUUUUUUUUAGAGCAGAUGGAAAACAAUAUGUCUUCAACAUAUGAUAAAAUGAAUCGUAUUAAUAUGGAUUUAAGUAAAUUAAAAAGACGAGAUCCAUAUUUUAAAAGAAAUAUGGCAAGAGUUUGUAGUUUCUGGAGGAAAAAUUCUUGUAAUCGAGGUGAUGAAUGUCCAUAUCUUCAUAAAGAAAUCCAUUUAGAUAAAUCUUUGUCAAAUCAAAAUAUAAAAAAUAGAUAUACUGGAGAAAAUGAUAUACUAGCUCAGAAGAUAUUAUCAAAACAUAAUGAAAAAAAUAAUGAUGAUAAAAAUGGUUCUAAUAAAAUAUGUAUACAAGGUAUUAGUGAUUCUGUUAAUCAAGCAAAUAUAAAAGAAUGUUUUAAAAAAUUUGGAGAUAUUAAAUCUAUAAAAAUGAUACCAAAAGAUUCCAAAAUGUUUAUAUCUUAUUCUAAUCCACAAGCAGCUAAAAAAGCUAGUGAUAAAUAUAAAGAUGGUCUUUUUCUUAAUGGUUGUAAUUUAACUGUAGAAUUACAAGAAAAUUCAAAAUAUAAUAAUAAAAAUAAUCAUCCUUCUAUAAAUUAUAUGGAUAAUCAUGCAUAUCCAAAUAAUAUCUCAUCUCAAAUGAUUUAUAAUCCUAUGUAUUAUCCAUAUUAUAAUAUGAAUAAUAUAAACCCUAACAGUGCUCCCUAUUCUUCGAUGUUACCAUCUGAAGCGGAGCAACGGAAAUGA